GGGCGGGCGCUGCCCGCAGGGAGCUGGGGCCGCGCGCGAGCAGCCGCCGCCGCCGCUCUCACCUCAGCCCGGCCCGGCGCCUCGGCCCGGCUCCGCUCGCCAUGAGCUUCCUCUUUGGGAGUCGAUCUUCGAAAACAUUUAAACCUAAGAAGAACAUUCCCGAAGGCUCCCAUCAGUAUGAACUCUUGAAACAUGCAGAAGCGACACUGGGGAGCGGUAACCUUAGACAAGCGGUUAUGUUGCCGGAGGGAGAGGACCUUAACGAGUGGAUCGCAGUUAACACGGUGGAUUUUUUCAACCAAAUCAACAUGCUGUACGGGACCAUUACGGAGUUCUGCACGGAGGCGAGCUGCCCGGUCAUGUCUGCAGGACCAAGGUAUGAGUACCACUGGGCAGAUGGCACCAACAUAAAGAAGCCGAUCAAGUGCUCGGCUCCAAAGUACAUCGAUUACUUGAUGACGUGGGUGCAGGACCAGCUGGAUGACGAAACGCUCUUCCCGUCAAAGAUCGGGGUCCCUUUUCCCAAGAACUUCAUGUCAGUGGCCAAGACGAUCCUGAAGCGGCUGUUCCGCGUGUACGCCCACAUCUACCACCAGCACUUCGAUUCCGUCAUGCGGCUGCAGGAGGAGGCCCACCUCAACACCUCCUUCAAGCACUUUAUCUUCUUUGUGCAGGAAUUCAACUUGAUCGACAGGCGGGAGUUGGCUCCUCUGCAGGAACUGAUUGAGAAGCUGGGCUCCAAGGACAGAUAAAGUUUCCCCGGGAGGACCCUUUCGGCCUCUCCUUUCCGCUUUGUACGCCAGCCACUUCUACGCUUCGCCUUCAGCGACGCAGGCCCCGAGGUGCCAGGCAUCGCUUCUACCGUGCAGCCGCAGCCCGUGGUGUUUUCGAAGCUGUUGGCUGCGCUGUGGUGACGUGCCCUGGGUAGUCCACUUGGUUUUCUAGGCUCUGUGCUUGAGUCUGGUUGAAGAUGGGACUCUGCUGCAGAGGUUUUGUUCCCCGCAGGCGUGGGGUGAAGCUCAGAGUGCUGCGUGGCUGCUUCCUCCUCCCAGAGGCAAAGUUUUCCUCUGGACCCCAUGGACACAGCGCUGUGAGCAGCUCCCCUGGGCGAGAGUGGAGUGGCUCUGCUUAUUUUUGGAAGUGCUUUUUUUUGGAUGAGAGGUGCACUUAGAGCCUUAAGCUCCCCUGGGCAGCAACAGCCUUGUGGGGGGAGGAAAAGAAGUGCCUGGCCCAAGGGGAGCCCGGCCCUGGGCUGGAAGAGCAGCGCUCGGGUGUUCCCAGCAGCGGGGGGCCCAGGGAGGGACCCUGCUCUGUGGCAAGGCAAUAAUAAAGUUUUUCCUUCCUGCUCUUCUUUCAGAGGA